AAAUAUAAAUGUUGGUAAAGUCCUUUAAUAAAAAUAAUAACUUAAAUUCUCAUUAAAAACAAACAAUAUAAAUUUUAGUUAAUAAUACUAAAUUAAACAUACAAAAUGACUAAAAAUACUAUAAAAGUUGAGGACUUACCUACAGAAAAGGAGCUAAUAACCAACACCCAGGACUGUGUGAAAUAUAUACAGCAAAUACAAAAUCAUAACGACACUCCCACAAAUGUGGACCAUUUACUUUUGCAUAUUAAGGCAGUAAUAGACAAGGAACUUUGGCAACCAGACGAAAGAAGCAGCAUACAAUAUAAUCAAGUUGUAGUAAAUGUGGCAUUUCGCUGUUACUAUCAAGUGUUAAAGAAAAAUAAUUUGGAAGAUAAAUUUUAUGGCCAAUUUAUAGACGACAACUUUAAUCAGGAUUUGUUGCUAAAGGAAAAGAAUUUUAUAGUGCUGCAGUAUUUGUUAUUAACAAAUCAAAGUUUGGUGUUGCAACCACAAAUUAUUCUUCAUAAAUUAUUGUCAGCUUUUAUGUUAUCCGUGGAUUCCAAUCAUGUAUCUUUGAUGUCCAUUUUGAAGUCACUAAAUUUAUUAAGCAAAAAAUUUCCCAAAUUAAAUUUUGAUUUUCCCUUGUCCUUGGAUCAUGUAUACUUUUGCCUGCAAUCCAACCAAAUGGGUAUGAGAGAUGAAUGCAUGUCAUUGCUGCAGUUUGUGUGCUCAAACCGAGAAUUGGCUUUACAGUACUUUCAAAGUGUGGUAAAUUAUUGGCCCUGGACUAAUCGCAAUAAACUAUUUGUCUUAGGUUGUAUUUUAAAUAAAUAUAAUCUAGAUGAGUGUUUACAGGCUAGUAAUCAUGAUAAGGAAGAUUUCUUUUUGGGCUUAAGAUCUACUUUAAAUUACAAAAAUCUAUUGGCACCCAGUCAGUAUGUGGUGAAAGCUUUGAGUGGCCAAAAGUCUUUGCAACUUUUGGAAAUGUCGGUAAAUAUUUUAACACUGGGCAAUAAAAAAGAAAUACAAAAUUUUCAUGCCCAGUGGUUUUCACGCAUACAACAAAAGGAUGAAUUAUUUGAAAUGUUACAGCAGAAGCCUGAAAUUGCUUUGUUCAUAGACAAUUCCUCGGAUUAUCUAAUGGACAAUGAGCAUAGCUAUCGUUUAAUAUUAAUCUUCAGCAUGUUUUCCAAACAGGUUUUUCUUUUAUCCAAAUUACACUUCUUCAAAUUGAGCACUGAGCUGUUGACCAAUUGUUUCCAAUACGAUACCGAGUGCCAAUUAUUGAUAUUUAAAUUUAUUGUGGAUAACUUGGCCAAUUUUGCCAUAGAAGAUUGUAUGGAAUUUGUAGAGUCCUUCCUAAGAACCCACAGCUCGGUGGAUAAUGCCCAGUUUCGCAAUACCAUAUUGGGCAAAAUGCCAAAUAUAAUAAACUAUAUAGCUAAGACCUUUUGCAAAUUGUGUUUGAACAGCCAGCAGACAUCUUCUUUGGAAUCGAGUAUUUUAAAUUUUUUCCUGCAUUUACAAAAGGAUAUUGAACAAGGUAUAGCUAGUGAUAUAUACCAACCGAAAAUCUUUUGCUUAAAGUUGCUCGAAAUUCUACUGAAAUCUUUGUAUACGGAGACGGUGACGAAAAAUGCCAAAAACUGUUGUGUUUCACAAAAUCAACAAUUGGGUUUGUUUUUAAAGGAACAUAAAGUAUUUGAUAGCACUGCCAUGGAGAUGCAUUUAAUGGAACUGUUACAUGAUCCCUUGGGAUUUGAUGAUGCUUUAGAUUUAAUAGUAGAAUUGUUAAAAAUGAUAAAACCUCAAGAAGUGGUAAUAAAUUUAGCUUUGGAUUUAACACAAAGAGCUUGCAGUUUAGCAGAUGUAGAUGAGUGUAAUCUCUGCUUUUUGUAUGCCCGCGUAGCGGUGCAGAAUUGCCAAAGUGAAGACACCUUGAAGGAGUUCUUAAAUAUUAUACUCAGCAAUCUACAGGAAAAUAUCCCGAAAUUUGAUAAAGAUCCACUUUUGGCCUGUAAAACUCAAGGUGGCCAUUUAUUUGGUUUAAUCAAUGUUCUUUAUGAAUUAACGCAAUUUAGACCGGAGAUAUGUUGUGCAGAAUUCUUAAAUUUUUUACAAAUUGUGGAGCAAAUACAAACACUUGUCAUUAAAAAGUUAAAUGUUGCGGUAGUGGAAAAUGCAGAAGAAAUUUUGGCGGCUGCCUCAUUUGAAGAUAUGGACAAAAGUCUAGAGAUGCUGGUGUGUCAAAGCUCUUAUGAAAGUGAAGAUCAUGACUUGUGCCGCAAAUAUUUACUCAUGUCAUUUUGGUUGACCUUAAAAGCCUGUUGUGAUUUGGCUUCUUCUAUGGCUAUUUAUGAGGUAAAGAAGAAAACCCUUUCGGAACAAAGCUGCAGUUUUCUGCAAAGAUGUUUGCAGGUAAAUGUUAUGGUUUUAACAAAGUGUCGCCAUAAGGGAGCCAUAGAAUCAGCUGGUGUUGCUAUAGGCAAAUUAACUAAAGCCAUUACCAGUCAUUUACAUGAAGACACAGAAGAGUUUAAUCUAUUACAUUUAUGUCUGCAGCAAUUAUACGAGGUUAAAGAGUCCAAUGUUAGUACCACACGCCGAGGAGCCGGUUUUUCUAUAAUGUUUUUACAUGUGGUAAAAAAUGAAGAUCAUCGUGGUAGACCUAUUUUAAAAAGAGCUGUAGAAAAUCUUUUAAAUCCAAAUUUAAAAUCUAAGAAUGCUGAAGCUGACAUAAAUUGUGAUCGGCUGGAGGCUUUAUAUUUGCAUUUUCUUUGUGUUUUGGUAAGAGAUACUGAACUGCGUGAAGCCAUGUCCAAAUACUACAAUGAAAUUAUGAUGGCAGCAGUCAAGCAAAUAGACAAUCCCGAAUGGACUGUUUGCAAUGCUGCUUUACAAUUAUUUGGUGCUUUAGUGCCCAAGAUUGUGGGACAAAAACAAGCCAAUGAAUUUGAAAAUCCUCUACCAUGGGAACCCAGUGAAGUUACUUUUAGUGAAAUUAACCGUAAACUGCCAAAAGCUUGUGUUUAUAUAUUAAACUAUUGUCUGGCAGAGAAAUCCUCUACCAGAUCUAUAAUUCUAUUUUUGGAAUUUCUACACAAAGUAGAAUACAUUUAUAAAGGUAUUCUGGAGGAACAAAAUCCUGUUUACAAUUACCGCCAGUUAAUGUGGUCUUUGCUGCAACAUAAUGCCGAAAAAGUACGUAAAUUAGCAGCUAAAUGUUUAAUAAGAGCUCAUGAAUUCCGUGUGGAAUUGCCGGAAAUGUUGCAGCAAAUAACUAGCAUGAUAUUUUCUGUGAAAAAUGAGAAUUUUUUUGAAGGUUUAGUAUAUACCCUGCAAGAGGGUAUACUGAAACUACAGCAUGAGUCCAAACAUAUUAUAGCUGCAACAUUAUUACAACAACUAGAGCAGCAAAUCAAACAAAAUUUACAAGAAACUUUUCCCAGCAAAUGUCUUUCGUACAAAUUCUUUACUUUGUGCAAGUUGUGGGAUUUAUUAAAACUUUUACGACAUUAUCAGCUAAUGGAACAACUAAAAGUUUUAGCACAACCCCAAAACAAAGUAGAUAAAAUGUUGGGCUAUGAUUUAUGGCUGGAACGUAUAGAAGUAAAUUAAAAUUUAAUUAGUGUUUAACGAUUUUUUUACUAACAUAUAACAAAAUUGCUCUUUCCCUCCUCCACUCAAUGUCAUACAUAAGAUUAAAAAUCAAAUUAUUGAAGACAAAUUCAAACAUUUUUUUAAUAAAAUACCUGUUUAGACCAAAUAUAUUUAUUGUAAUUUAGUUAGUGAUUAUGCUUAAAUAUUAAACGUUUUUGCAAAAGGUUAACAGAAAAGUAUAUAGAAAUAAAAUAAAGAUAUAUGCUAUGACAAUUUCUUA